AGUGUCCAGAUGGGUUUUUCCGCUAUGCCCUGUCCUGCUACAAGUUUGUGAAUAUGACAGCCAACUGGCCUAAUGCAGAGGCUCACUGCCAGGGGCUGCACCCCAAGUCCCACCUGGUGGGGGUGGAGACCAAGGAGGAAAACGAGUUUAUUUUGUCAUAUAGGAAAUAUAAUCAAGCCAAGUGGACAAGCCCAUGGUUCUGGACAGGAGGCACAGACAAGGAGAAGGAGGGAGACUGGAGGUGGAUUGGAACAGGUCAGAAACUAACCUACACCUACUGGACCCCGCACGAGCCCAAUGACCACACUGGACGCCAGAACUGCCUCUACUACACAGCCUCAGGGAACCAGACCUGGGACGACUGGAACUGUGAAAACCUUUACAUCAACUUUGUGUGUGAGAUAGAGUUAGAACAAAACCAAUAAGAUGGGUGCUGAAACCUGUACUAUAACUGUGUGUGAACUAGACUUAAAAACCAAUGAGAUAAUGUAGGCAAUAGUCAUAGAAAGUAUACAAUUGACUUUGGGUAUGAUCAUAGUAAGUUGGACCAAAUCAAAGAGAUCACAUUUUGCUUAAGUUGCUCAUAUUUCUACUCUGUUAUGUAUGAUAGAGAUGUAGCAUGUUCAAUCGAUUGAAGUCAAAGAGUUUUGGGUCAACUUUUGAAGUUAAUGCCAGCUGGAAUAAUUUCAAUUAAGAGAAAUGUGAUCAUGUCACACAAUGGUUAUCAUCUUUGGUUCUUUGUAUGAUGUCAUGUUAAACAAUAUUUCGGUCUUUUGAAGUUGACAUGAUGUCAUCAUCAAAAGCCAGGAUUGCCAGGUCAACAUGUUAACACCCACUCUAUGUAUUUUUUUAUUAUCAUUCCCCCUUUGUUCUCAUGAGCUAUUCUAUUGUCAUAGACAUGAUACAAUGUAUCCAGACAUUUUGGGAAUUAUAACACUGGCAACCAUACAAAGCAACUUCAGCUGCAAUCUCUAUCUUAUAAUGAGAGGGAACUAAAACUAAAGAGCAACUGGCAAAACAAUGAGACUGUUUCUAGCUGUUUACAAGAAAUCAUGCCAUGCCUGUACAUGAAAUAUUUGUUAGCAAUGGAAUUCAAUUCUUCACUGCAGCACCAUAUAUCUCUUUGUUGAAAUAUUUUGGAUGUGUGUAUAAAUAUAGUUGUUGAACAGGUAUAUUUAAUUAUUUGUAUACAAAAGCUUUAAAUUAGAUAUAAAGAAUUAUGUAUACGCUAGCUUAUCAUUUUUAAAAUCAAUCUGUGUGCAGCAGGUUUAGAUUCAUAAUGCUUCAUAAUAUUUUAUAAAAGAAAUCCUUAGCAAGAAACUUAAAUAUUGAUCAAAUUUCUUAUUAUUUACCUCAGUAUUUAUAAAACCCAUGGCAUCAUGAGCAGGGCAUGCUUUAAAUCCAUGUUAUAAACUAUCAAAUACAAAUAUUAUUAUAUCAUAUCAUAGAAACAAACUGUUUUUAAAACCAAUCCUGAUGACAAAAACCUUAAUGGAAUAAUCAUUUUCGAUAAUUUCCUUAGAUGAAAGGGAUUUUGUCGUAGCUUUGAGACAGUCUUCUACUGCAUCCUACAUUUGUAUAUACCAUGGAUUAUACUUGUGAUAUAGUGAACAAAAUAAAGACAAAUACAAAUAUUUUAAAAGCUUAAUCUGACCUAAUGGUGUCAUGUAUUUCACAAUCAAAAACCAAAUCAUAUCUGAAUUGUGUCACAACCUGAAAAUCACACAAAAAAAUUCAAAUUCAUAUUUUCAUGAAACAAUCCAUG